GCUUGGGGGCGGGGCCGGGCUGCCGCGCGCCGGGCCACGGUUGGCUGGGGGGGCGGUGGCCUCGCCGCGUGGCCCCGCCCACUCCGGUCAGCGGCAGGCGGGAGGGCGGAUGCCGGGCUGCGGCUGCCGCGGCUCCUCAGGUUUGAAGACAGCUGUCCAUGUUCACACCGGGCGAGAGGAAGCCACGGCCACAGCAAUGAGCGAGUCAUACGUGAAAAGGCUGUUCACCAUUCUGCUGGACGCUGUCACCGACAAGGACCCUCAGGUGCAGGAGCAGGUGUGUGGCGCCCUGUGCGCCCUCGGAGAGUCACAGCCUGAGGAGGCUCUCCGCGCCUGCGAGGAGCACCUGCGGCUGCACGACAAGCUGGCGCAUCCGUACCGGACGAUGAUCCUGAGGGUCAUGGAGACGGUCGUGAGCAGUCACCUCGGCGAGCUGGACAAGGGCUUGGCCAGGGCCAGCAUCCUCCUGGCCUCCAGCGAGAUGACCAAAGUGAAGGAACUGGUUUGUGACUGGCAGCAGGCCGCCAGCAACGUCCUGGUGGCUUUGGGAAAGCGUUUCAUCAGCAGCGUGAUGGAGGAGAUACUGAGCAAGUUCCAGCCCGGGGUCCUGCCGCACCAUUUUGUCGUGCAGACGCUCGCCAACCUCUCUGUUUCCAAUGUGUUCGGCGUGGUGCCCUUCCUGACGUCCAUCCUGAGCACCAUGCUGCCCAUGCUGAGUGCAGCCAAGCCCGACUCGAUGAGGGUGGUGUUCUGCUGUGCUCUGCAGCGCUUUAGCGAGAGCACCCUGGAGUACCUGGCCGACCUGGACCAGGCCCCCGACCCCACGGUCAGGAAGGAUGCCUUUGCCACUGACAUCUUCAGCGCCUACGACAUCCUCUUCCACCACUGGCUGCAGAGCCGGGAAGCCAAGCUGCGGCUCGCUGUGGUGGAGGCCCUGGGGCCCAUGAGCCACCUGCUGCCCAGCGAGAAGCUGGAGGAGCAGCUCCCCAAGCUGCUGCCUGGAGUCCUCGGCCUCUACAAGAAGCACGCCGAGACUGUCCACGUGUCCAGGAGCCUGGGCCAGAUCCUCGAGGCGGCCGCAAGCGUGGGCAGCCGCACGCUGGACGUCCAGCUUGACUCACUCCUGGCUGCCCUGCAUGCUCAGAUCUGCGUGCCCGUGGAGUCCUCGAGCCCCCUGGUGAUGAGCAACCAGAAGGAGGUGCUGCGCUGCUUCACGGUGCUGGCCUGCUGCUCGCCUGACCGCCUGCUGGCCUUCCUGCUGCCCAAGCUGGACACCAGCAACGAGAGGACCCGUGUGGGCACCCUCCAGGUCGUGAGGCACAUCAUCAACUCGGCCGCUGCGCAGAUGGAAGUCAAGCAACCCUUUAUUCUCUCCUCCAUGAAGCUUCCUCUUCUGGACACCAACAGCAAGGUGAAGCGGGCCGUGGUGCAGGUGAUCAGUGCCAUGGCCCAUCACGGCUACCUGGAGCAGCCUGGAGGCGAGGCCAUGAUCGAGUACAUCGUGCAGCAGUGCGCGCUGCCCCCCGAGGCAGAGCCUCAGAAGCUGGGCGCCAACAGCGAGGCCCUGGCGGCAGACAGCGUGCGGGCCAUCAGUGUCAGCACCCUCUACCUGGUCAGCACCACUGUGGACAGGAUGGGUGACGUCCUCUGGCCAUACCUGUUCGAGUUCCUCGUCCCCGUGCGCUUCACCGGGGCGCUGACCCCGCUCUGCAGGAGCCUCGUGCACCUGGCCCAGAAGAGGCAGGAGGCAGGGGCCCACGCCCUCCUCAUUCAGUACAACGGCAACGUGACCCUUCCAUCUCCCUACGCCAUGGCCACCAGGCUCCUGGCUGUGUCUUCCAGCCCCUACCUGGGGGACGGUCGCGGGGCGGCCUCGCUGCGCCUCCUGAGCGUCCUUCACCGGGACAUCCAUCCUAUGCUGGGUCAGCGGUGGGCGACCGCCAUCCCCCUGCUGCUGGAGCACCUGGACGGAUAUACGGAGGAAACCCUGUCGCGGAAGGAAUGGGAGGAGAAGCUGCUGAUGUUCCUUCGCGACACUCUAGCUGUUGUGUCUGACAACACGUGGAUUUGCCAGCUGAGCCUGGAGAUGUGCAAGCAGCUACCCAGCUACAACGGGACGCCCCUGGAGAAGAACUUCCUGUAUAAAUGCAUAGGAACUACCCUGGGUGCUGCUUCAAGUAAGGAGGUGGUGAGAAAGCAUCUGCAGGAGCUGCUGGAAACCGCCCGAUACCAGGAGGAGAGCGAGCGUGAGGGCCUUGCCUGUUGCUUUGGGAUCUGUGCCAGCUCCCACCUGGAUGACACCCUGGCCCAGCUGGAAGACUUCGUAAAGUCAGAUGUGUUCAGAAAAUCCGCCGGCAUUUUCAACAUUUUUAAGGAUCGGAGUGAGAACGAGGUGGAGAAAGUGAAGAGCGCGCUGAUCCUGUGUUACGGGCACGUGGCAGCGCGGGCCCCCCGCGAGCUGCUGCUGGCCAGGGUGGAGUCGGACAUCUUCCGGAACAUGUCGCAGUGCUUCAGCACCAAGGUUCUGGGGAUAAAGGUAGAGACCAAGGACCUGGGCCUGAGGCUGUGCCUCGCGCAGAGCGUUUGCAUGGCCAGCCAGGCCGUCCGCAGCAGCUCCCACGGCAGCUCCUUCCAGCUCCUGAGGAAGCCGGAGCUGGUGGCGCAGAUGAUGCCAGUGCUGUGGCCAAGGGCCAUCCCGCGGCUGCUCCCCCAGGAGUUCAUCAAGGCCGAGCCCUCGGACUCCCUGAGGACGCCCAUGCGGAAGAAGGCCAUGCUCGCCUGCACUUACCUGGUCUCCCUGGAGCCGGCGCUGGAGGGGCAGGCGCAGGCGGACCUCAUCCACAGCUGCCUGCACAGCAUUAUGGCCGUGCUGCCUGAGCCCGAGGGGGUGGACAGCCACCAGGAGCCCCUGUACCUGGACACCAUGCAGGCCCUCAAGGACUUACUGACAAGCCUCCUUCAGCGAAACAUGACCCCCCAGGGCCUGCAGGUCAUGGUGGAGCACCUGAGCCCAUGGAUCAAGUCCCCGAGGGGCCACGAGCGGGUGCGGGCGCUUGGCCUGAGCGCCUGCCUGCUUCAGCACUUCCUGAAGCACCUGCACAUCAGCGCCCUGGUGCCCUUCCACAACCUGGGCCUCCUCCUCGGCCUCUUCUCCCCACGGUGCGCGGACCUAUGGCCUGCCACCCGCCAGGAGGCUGUGAGCUGUGUCUACUCCCUGCUCUACCUCCAGCUGGGCUACGAGGGCUUCUCCCGCGAUUAUCAGGACGAUGUGGUUGAGCAGCUCCUCACCCUCAAGGACGGCCUGGGGCACCCUGACCCCGCCAUCCUCUUCCACACCUGCCACAGCGUAGCCCAGAUUAUUGGCAAGCGCCUCCCGCCAGAUCAGCUCAUCAGCCUCUUGCUAACGCUGUUUGAGGGCCUGGGAGACCCCGACCAGAACUGUUCCCGAGCCGCUGCAGUGAUCGUCAACUGCCUGCUGAAGGAGCGGGGCCACGUGCUCCUGGAGAAGGUGCCCGAGAUCGUGAGCGUGCUGUGCUCCAAGCUGCAGGAGACCCACGGGGAGCACGUCCUGCAGGCCGCACAGCACAGCGUGUACGUCCUGGCGGCCCGGCACCAUGCUGCCGUGGUGUCCAGCCUUCUGGGCAGCCCCCUGCCCUUUGACAGCCACACCUGCACCCUGUGGAGGGCGCUGGCCGUGGAGCCCGGCCUCGCCACACAGGUCCUGGGGCUGCUCCUGGAGAAGAUGAGCGGGGACGUGCCGUUCAAGGAGAGCCGGGCCUUCCUGCUGAGCAGCGCACCUGACCGCGUGGCCACCCUGCCGCCCCUUGCGGCCACCUGUGCACUGUACGAGGUUGCGUCCGCCCCGGCGUCUGGGCCGGCGGUGCUGGAGCUCUACCCCCAGCUGUUUGCGGCGCUGCUGCUGCGGGUCAGCUGCACCGUGGGUGUCCAGCUGCCCAGGAACCUGCAGGCCAAGGAGAGGAAGAGCGCCAGCUCAGGCCUGGCCUCGCGGAGCCUCGAACCCUGCAGCUCCGCAGUGGAUGCGCUGCAGGCCGUGCUUCUCCGAGGCGGCAACGAUGACGUGGUGCAGCGCAUGGAACUGGAGGGGGGCUGGCAGCUGCUCAGGACCUCGGCUGGGCACGAGGAGGGGGUCACCCGGCUGGCCAGCGCCAUGGCCAAGUUCGCGGGCCCCCGGCUACCCCUGAUGAUGAAGGCGCUCUUCGCCACACAGAGCAGCGUGUACGAGAUGCAGAGGGUCAGCUCCACAGCCUUCCUGGCCGAGCUGCUUAGCAGCAACACGGUGAACGACCUGAUGCUCCUGGAGUCCCUGCUGGACAACCUGCUGGCGCGGCAGAAGGACACGUGCGCCCGUGUGCGGAGACUGGUGCUCCGGGGCCUGGCCAACGUUGCCUCGGGCUCCCCGGAUAAGGUACGGGCCCAUGGCCCCCAACUCCUGACGGCCAUGAUCGGUGGGCUGGACGACGGGGAUGACCCGCACAGCCUGGUGGCCCUGGAGGCCAUGGUGGGCCUCGCGAGGCUGCUGGACCUGGUGGAGGCCUGGGACCUGCGCUCGGUGCUGCUGCACGUUGCCAUCCGCAUCCGGCCCUUCUUCGACAGUGAAAAGGUGGAGUUCCGUUCUGCGUCCAUCCGCCUCUUCGGGCACCUCAACAAAGCCUGCCAGGGGGACUGCGAGGACGUCUUCCUGGAGCAGCUUGUUGGCGGGCUCGCGCCCCUGCUGCUGCACCUGCAGGACCCCCAGCCCCCAGUGGCUGCUGCCUGCAGGUUCGCCUUGCGCAUGUGCGGCCCCAACCUGGAGUGUGAGGAGCUGGCAGCCAUCUUCCAGAAGCACCUGCAGGAGGGCCGGGGCCUGCACUUCGGAGAGUUCCUCAACACCACCUGCAAGCACCUGAUGCACCACUUCCCCGACCUGCUGGGCCGCCUGCUGAGCACCAGCCUGUUCUACUUCAAGAGCAGCUGGGAGGACAUCCGCGCCGCGGCCCCCAUGCUCACAGGGUUCCUGGCACUGCACGUGGAGGCUGAGCGCCGGCCGCAGGUGGACCUGGAACAGCUCCUGGCGGCGCUCCAGCUCCUGCUCAAGGACCCGGCCCCCGCGGUGCGCGUGAAAGCUGCGGAGACUCUGGGCCGCCUGGUGAAGUUCGCCUGAGGCUCCCGUGGCAGCGCUGCCCCUACUCGCAAUACCGGCCUUGCCGGCCUGAACCGAACCUCCGAGAUGGGGCCCUAAGGAGCCCCCUGCCCGAGGGGAGCCCCCAGGCCCACACAGCAAGGGAGGGCCGGGGCCACGAGGGUGGGCACGUCGCUGUCCCCCCCCUCCCCAAUAAAGCCAUUUGCUGCUCAGCA